GACUACUGCCUGUCAUACGCUUGGAAUUCGUCCUAUCUGCGACAUCAGACUUCUUGUUCUGGCGAUCUUUCAAUUACAAGCUACCUCGAGUGUGUAUACUACAGUGCGACAACAUUAUGGUUCAUAAGUUGUUUACAAACUAAGCAAGUUUGCCAACCUAGCUAGCUAGCUAGCUGUCAGUUUACAAAAGCGCCUGGAUCUUUCGGCACAUGAAAUUACUGCCACCAGUUCCUUUAGGUGAGUACGCGGAGCGGAGGGGAAAGUAGAGUAGUGUAUGCUUGUUUGCCGUAAGAAAGAGACAAAAGUGAAUUUAGUGCUUAGCUAACAGUGUUUGGCUAACCGCUAGCUAGCGGCUGCUGUCAAAAGGACGGAAGCCGAGAGCCAGCCGAGCUCCUGGUGCCCUCGUGCCAUCUCUACCGAGACCCCGGAUACAACUAGUUCUAGAACUCGGCCUGCGCGUGGAGGAGGCUUCAGAUGUCCCGGUGGACCGGUGGCACGAGAGGAGGCUGGUCCACGCGGCUGGCCCCAGCUGUCCAGCUGCGCGUGUUAUGAUUCUGCUGCUGGCCCUCCUGCUGCUGUGUGACGUCACCCAGGCGUCCCCAGGUGCGGAGGUGUACAGCAGUCUGCCUGCUCCGGUCAACGUGAGUGUGUCGCUAUGGCAACUGCACUACGUAGUUCGCUGGAGUUCCGGACCUCACACUCCUGCCGGAACACACUACCACGUGAAGACCCUCGCACUCAGUGUGAGCAAGUGGGUGAGUGUGCCUGGCUGUGAACAUGUGAGUGUGUGUGAGGAUGCGUCUGUGUGUGAGGGUGCGGGUGCGGGUGUGAAUGUGUGUGUGUGUGAGGGUGCGAGUGUGUGUGAGUGUGUGUGUGACGUGACGAAGGUGUUCUCGGAUCCCAUGGAGACGUACUACACACAAGUCACCACCCAGCUAGGAGGCAGAGCCUCAAACCACUCCUACCACCCGCCGUUUAAGCCGGAGAAGAACACUGAGCCCCCGCCCCCUCGAGCCUCCCUGGGCCUGUCCAACCAAUCACAGCUCAGCAUCAGCCUCCAGCCGCCUGCUGAUUGGCUGAGACCUCUCUACAGCCUCUACACGUACAACCUCAGCAUACACACUCACCAUGACCAGCCGCCGGUGUCAGUGGAGUCCCGUGGUCUUGGUGGCUACCUGCUGUCGGAGCUGGUUCCCGGCCGGGAAUACUGUGUGUCCGUCAGCAUCCUUGGACACAAAAACACUCUCACACACACCACGCCACACUGCCUCACCGCACCCACACAGUUCAACACAGAUGCGGUGUUGUCGGUGCUGCUGUAUGCAGUGUUGUCGGUGCUGCUGUGUGUGUGUGUGCUGGCGUGCCAGGCCAGUCUCUCCUUCUCUGCGUCUCGUCUGCUGCGGCUGCUGAGGCCAGAUGACCCUCAGAUGACCUCUGUCUCCGUGGCGACCGCCCUGCCCAAGGACAGCCAAUCGGAGAGCAGCGAUGAAGAUGAGGAUGAAGAUGGGGAGGAGAGCGGGAGAAGAGGAGGCUACGAGAGGCGAGUGCAGGACAGCCCAUCGCCGUCGGAUACGGCCCCGUCGCCCCCGGAUACCGCCCUGUCGCCCCCGGAUACGGAACGCUACGCGUGUCUGGCCCUAAUGGACAAUUCCGUCUACCACCACCAGGUGGCUCCCUACUGCUGCCUUACCUCCCGCUCCUCUUCUGGCCAAUGGGAAUGCACCCUGGACUAG